AUUGAUGGCACAUAUUCUAGGCUUAAAGCCAGAUAUGUAAAUGAUGGUAUAGGUAUUGAAAAAAAUUCUGUUAUGAAAAGAAUUGAUGUUGAUGACAGCCCCCAUUUGGCUUUAUUUGCUGUUAGAGACAUAAAAACAGGAGAGGAACUCCGUUAUGAUUAUGGGGAAACAUCUAAGUACCUGCCAUGGAGGAAGAAGUCAAAAAUCACCAAUGUACGAUCUACAACCAAUACAGAUGAAGCAUCUGAUGAUAAAGACAGUCUUCCAAAGCAUAAAGUAGAGCGUGAGGUUGUAAAGACACAAAUGCCUCUUAUCUCUCACUCCAAUGAUGAUACAGAACAUGAUUCGAGUCAAGAUAAAAAUCACUACGAUGCUGAUGACCUAGAGUCGCAUGAUCUUUUAAGUUCUGUGAGCAGUCAAUUAACAAAUCCUGCAGAUUCUAGUUCUAUUAAUAGUUCUCUUAAAUCUCAUGACAGUAUUGUACACCAUGAAGAUAUUGGAAGUACUCAUGUACACAGUUCAUAUAUUCAGUCACAUGGCAAGUCAACAGACCCUGGAAAUUCUUCUGAAGUCCUUUCUGCUGACAAUAAUGCGCCAUCAAUGGAUGACCUUGACCUACUUUCAACAAAGCAGAAAAUACUUAAACAUACUGAAAGGGAUGAUUUUAGACAAGGCAGUUUAUUGUGUGAAUCUAGUUUACUUGAAAGCAAACAGAAAAUGUGUGAUGGUAGUCUACCUACUGAGCAAGUGCUGUCUUCUAAACUUCAGAUGACUAAGAAAUGCUAUGUUAGUCUGAAGAGAUUUUGUAUUUCUAAACUGAAAGGUGGAAGAUUUAAAGUAGGACAACCUGGUCACAUAGGCAGAAAAAGGAAUAACAGUAAAGAACACAAAAGGGCAGAAUAUAUUUCAGGUUUGGAGACUGUGCUGGAAUCAGCUCCUGCUUUAAAUAAGGAUCUAAUAAUUAGAGAUGUGAUGGAGGAUCAAUUAGAAGUUGACACUGUUGAUGACACAAUUAAACAGCAAUAUAAAGAGGCACUAAAAGACAGACUACAACAACUACCAGAUUUAUCACAGCAUGUUUCAUGUACCGAGACAAUUGUACAAGAUGAUAUUCCAUUACUACCACCACCACCUCCACCACCAAAAUUGAGAGUUCAAUCACUCCCACCUAACUGGGAAUUUGCAAAAGACUUGGAAGGCAAUGUGUACUAUUAUCAUGCUAAAACCAGACAAACUCAGUGGUCUCUACCAGUUUGGGAUGAUUGUAACAGUCAAAAUGAUGUAGAUAUUAGGACUUCCCUGGAUGAAGAUAAGACAGCAACAAGAAACGAGAAUACAAAAAGUGUGACAGGAAAUCUCUUAAGUAUGGGAACAGAAUCUGAAGUAAUACCGCCUUAUGUAACAGAUGAUUUAGAAUCUACUAUGUAUGCAGCAACCCGAGUGCCAAGUAUGAAUGAGGAUGACCUAUUGGCAAAAGUCUGUAUUUCAGAAUUAUGGAAGUGGGACAAAGUUGACAUGAAUGUCACAGUUGGUAAAAUUGAGAACAUCAAUGUAACAUUGGAAAGCUUAUUUUUUAUGAGAGGUUUUUUGCCAGAUGAGGUGAUUGAUGCUUAUUUACAUCAGCUGACUGUAGGAUUAACUGGAACAAUUUUUAUCAACAGUACUAUUAUGACAGCCAUUGCAAACAGGCAGACGGAAACACAUGGCUGUUUACAGGAGGUCAACUUCCAGGAAUAUGACUGUGUUAUUGGUGCAGUGAAUGAGGGAGAAAACCACUGGAUUCUUUUGAUUAUUUUACCUCAAGAAAAGAUGAUUUGUUAUUACAAUCCUAUGGGUGAAACAUUCCUGUCACUUCAUACAUUAAUGGAGAACUGGUACUUCUUCAUGAAAGAAAGGUCAGACUUCAUGCUAGAUGGAAAUGGAACCUGGCGGUUUAAUGUGCUUGAUCAUUCCAAACAACUGGACAGCAUUUCUUGUGGAGUAUAUGUCCUAAAGAUGGCUGAAAUGUUUCUUUCUGGUGGUGAUGUUCAGUUUGUUAUGACAGCAGAAGAUCUUAAUCAGUAUCGACUGCACAUUGGGGCUGUCAUAUUAAGACAAUGUGGUUUAUUAAAUGUACACCAGUCUAUUGUUUCAAAGAGAUCAGUCAAGUCAACAUGUGGAAUCACCAACUUGCUGUCUCCUGGACAGAAUACAGAGUUAGAUAGUGGUACUAAUGAAUCACAGUAUUCAGGAAUUGUAAAGUUAUCUGAUGGCAUUAGUGUCCAACAGUCUUCUAAGGUUUCACAGUCAUCUAUUGGAAACAAUAAGGUGAUAUCAUCUGAAACUAUACAGACAGAACCUUGUACUGAAGAGACAGAAGUAUCUUGUAGUGACGAUGGAACAACUCUUGCAGGCAACAGGAGUGAUGAUGGUGAAAAUGAGGAGGAAGCAGUACAUGUAGAUGACAACAACAAAGGAUUAAAGGGAACAAGAAAUCCAAAAAGACCAUGUCCGUUUUGUGGUAUAUUUCAAAGUCGAUUAAGCAGGCAUAUUCUAACUAAACAUAGAGACAACGAUGAGGUAAAGGCAGCAAAGCAGCUUCCUGUAAAGGACAGAAAUCAGGUUUUAUGCAAUUUGAAAAGGAGAGGCUAUCACCAGUACAACUUGAUGCUAAUGAAAGAGGAUGAUUUUGAUGUGAAUCAAAUAGUUAAGGAAAGGCAGGCAAGAAAACAGAGGGAAGGAGAUGCAAUGGAAAAUAGGGCUAUGUGUUCCUCAUGUCAGGGUUAUUUUGUAAAAGAACACUUGAAGAUUCACAGAAUCAAAUGUACAGCAGCAGAGGGAACAACAAUUACACCAACUGCAAUUCCACUUUCUGCUGUUAGAGAUGAUGGUUACACUGAAGAUUAUAAGGCAGACAUCUUAAGUGGCUUUUUGGAUGACACAAGUGGAAAGUUUUGUAAAACUGAUAAAUACCUAAAAGAUUUUGGAUUUCACAGUUACAGAAGAUUUGCAGCAAGGAAGGAUAAAAACCCACAGAACAGAAAAAAUAUAAUGAAGCACAUGAGGAUGCUAGCAAAUCUUUUCUUUUGUUUUAAAAGCGAGGCAGCUAAAAUUGGCAUAGACAUAAAUGCAACAUUAGACAUGUUUAAAAUGGAACACUUUACCACUUUUAUGGAUGCUAUCCAUGUGAUGGCUGCAAAAGAUGAUGGUGGCAUGAAAUCUGGUUUAAAGAAAAACAUAGGUCAUCUUUUAAAAAAUGUUAUUAGACACAUAAAAGGGCAGCAUUUAUUGCAGGGUAAGAGAGAUAAGCUGGUAAAAAUUGAGGAAUUCAAAACAUUAUUUGAUUACUACAGAAAGGAGAUAUUCGAUGGAGCUGAGUACAAUUGUAUUAAGAAUAGACAGGAAAACCUCAGACGACCACAAUAUUUACCUCUUGAUGAUGAUGUAAGAAGAUUGAGAAAUUACACCCUUUCUGGAAUUGCUCAGAUGGAUGACCCAUAUCAGAUUUUAGAUGUUAAUGAAUAUCCUCGGCUUAGAGAUCUUGUGGUGGCAAGAAUUACACUGUUCAAUGCCAAGCGGGGAGGAGAACCAAGUAGACUUACUUUAAAGGAAUGGAAUGAUGCAAAAGAUGGCGUCUGGUUAGAUGAAACCCACAAGAAAAAAGCCAAAACAUCAGAAGAACUUGAAUUGUUUGAAAUAUACAAAUUGUCGUAUCAGUCUGGCAAAAGUGUGUGCCAUAUGCUCCCAACGCUCAUUCCGAAAGAUUCUUGGAAAGCUAUAAGAAAGCUUGCUGAUCCACAGAUAAGACAGAUGGCAGGUGUAAAACCUACUAAUAUAUAUGUAUUUCCAAACAUCCAAGGCUCCAACUUUCAUGUAAAUGGAUGGAAUAGUGUAAACAAAGUUUGUAAGCAGGCAGGGCUGACAAAAGAGAUUAACGCCACCCAAAUGAGACAUUACAUGUCAACUGUGUUUGCAAACUUGGAUGUACCGGAGACAGACAGGCAGGCUUUUUAUAGACACAUGGGCCAUUCAGAAGAAAUCAAUAAACAUGUUUACCAAUGUCCAUUGGCUGUUCAAGAAAUUACAAAAGUUGGAAAGUUUUUUUAUCUUAUGGACAAAGAUGGUAUUAAAGCUUAUCCUGAUUCUCAGUCAUUACCAGCAAAAAUGCAAAAUGCUGACCAAGAAGAUGUUGCGGGUACUUCAUAUGACAAUAGUGGUGGUACUGAUGAAAAUACAGAUAUAACAGAGAGUGAUGAGGAUUCAGGUUCAAGUUCAAGUUUUGGAAAAGCAAAGAGAGGGAAAAAAAGAAAGAAUAGAGUCAUUAAAUACAGUUCUUCAGAGGAUGAUUCUAGUCCACAAAGUGAUGACAGUUCUGAUGAAGGCAACAUUCAACAAAAGAGAGGAUUGAAAAGAAAGAGCAAAGAUGAGGAAAUUGAAGAAGAAAUUGCAGAACUAUUUAGAACAAGAAAGAAAGGAAGACGAUAUGUUCAAUGGAGUGAGAAAGAUUCAAACACUGUAAAAUCCUACUUCAAACAAUAUAUCCAGGAUGUAUCUAAAGAAGGUGCAAAAGGGAGAAUGCCUGGUUUUAAGGACAUAAAAAUAUUUAUGGAGUUAUGUCCAAAUGUAAUGGCACAAGAGAGUGACUUUUUGACAAGGAGAGAUAUUAUCAAAUCAAAAGUAUUUAAUGAAAGAAAAAAGUUUAGAGGAAUAUAUGAGGAGAGGAAAAAGAAAUUUUCCUGUUAAGCCUGACGAUGAGAUAUGGUGUACUAGUAGACUGUCCUCAGCCUGACACAGAGAUAUGGCGUACCUGUAGACUGUUCCUCAGCCUGACACAGAGAUAUGGUGUACUAGUAGACUAUUCCUCAGCCUAACACAGAGAUAUUGUGUACCUGUAGACUGUUCCUCAGCCUGACGAAGAGAUAUGGUGUACUAAUAGACUGACCCCAGCCUGACACAGAGAUAUGGUGUACCUGUAGACUGUUCCUCAGCUUGACACAGAGAUAUGGUGUACCUGUAGACUGUGUCUCAGCCUGACACAGAGAUAUGGUGUACCUGUAGACUGUUCCUUAGUCUGACACAGAGAUAUGAUGUACCUGUAGACUGUGUCUCAGCCUGACACAGAGAUAUGGUGUACCUGUAGACUGUUCCUCAGCAUGACAGAGAUUUGGUGUACCUGUAGACUGUUCCUCAGCCUGACACAGAGAUUUGAUGUACCUGUAGACUGUUCCUCAGCCUGACAUAGAGAUAUGGUGUACCUG